GAAUGUGAAGCCGUAUAGAUCUGGACACUGAAAGUCAAUCAUUGGCAUGGAGGUUUGACACACAAUUGUGAUAUCCAGGUACAGCAUGGCGCGCCAUUGUCUGACAGCUUUUGAAUACGGCGUAAUUUUAAUGGAGGUUUCAGGGCAAUUAACCUGGAAUAUCGCGCACCGGUAACUCACACAGCUCAACGGUGAUACGGGGUUCUGAUUGUCUGAUUGACCAGAGUCGCUCUUACCCAGGGAACAGGGCAGAUCUUUGGGUGAGGGAUCAUGACGAACGUAGCUUCCCAGGUGUGGCUUGGCGCCUCGCUGGUGCUCAUCGCAGUUGUAACACUAGUUGUCAACAUAAUAGUCUUAGUUGUGUGGAUCAAAUCUCCGAAACUCCGAGAUCCCAAGUACUAUUUCUGGAUUAACCUUGUUGUGGUGGAUCUGAUCGGAGUGUGUAUGUGGACGUCGUUGUCCGUCACGGCCGUUGUCGGUGAUGCUUGGAUCCUACCAGACGUCGUCUGUAACGUCCAUGCGUACUUCUCCACCUUCUGCAACACAAUAAACCUCCACACACUCACCAUCCUAGCCUUAGAGAGGUUUCUCAAGUUCUUCAAACCCUCCAAACAUGAAGACAUAUGUAUCGGUUUUUUCCUAACCCUUCUCAUUUGCGGAGUGUGGUUCUUUGACGGUGUCGUCUGCGUGUUCACGGCCGUUCAUUGGGCGCAGGUGAGAUACUACCCAGACCAGUACCAGUGCAUCCCGGAGCACCAGCUCAGCACCUCGCACAUGAACUUCAUGUUCAUUCUGUCCUAUGGAAUUCCUCUUGUUGUAAUGAUCGGCUGUUACUCCGCCUGUUUUAUAAAGGUGUUCCACAUGCGGAGUCGUGUGCAACCAACGGGAGCUCUGGUGUUGGAGACAAACAAGAGCGCCAAGGGAGACUCGUACUCGGAGAGGAUGAAGCGAUACAGCGAAAAGUUUCAGAACGCAGGGAUGAAGAACAAGAAACCCAAGUUGGAGAAGACGUACGACUACACUAAAGAUGGCUACGUCGUGACGUCGGAUACCGAGGACGACGUACAACAGAGAGAUACCAAAACGAAGUUCAAGAAAAAGGAGUACUCGUUGGCUAAAGAAGACUAUAUGCUGCUCAAGGUCUACGUCAUCACUUCUUGUGCUUACGUAGGCACAUGGAUACCUUACGUCAUCAGCAGCUAUGUGUGGACGUACUCCCGGUUCAGCCCUCUGCCGGCUGGUGUGAUUACCUCCCUUGUGUGGCUGUGUCAUUGUGGAGCAGGCAUCAAGCCACUUGUAUAUGGGCUGUGUUUUGGGAAGUUCAGGGAACGCCUCCUGGCUGUGCUGAGAAGGCAGGAGCCAUGAACAGACAGAUAUACGCGUUUGGGGCACUGAUAAUCAAACAUACCUUUGACGGAAUGCAUUUAUAAAACGUUUGGUCACUGAGUCUGGUGACGCGUAUGUUCCUUUACUUAAGUAAUGGUUCCGUGGUUUUACACUGUCGCCAUGUUUUAUUUGCCUACAGCUGUUAUGACCGGGGGUUUGUAGACGCCCUGCUUUACGACUCCGUGUGUAAUGUUUGUUUGUUUGUUUGUUUGUUUGUACAGUAAACCGAUCCACAUUUAAAAACGGCUCCCACGACCCGCACAGGGACACGGUCAAAUAUACUCAUUACAAUGAUGUUUGUUUGUUUGUUGUUUAACUCCGCACUCAGCAAUAUUCCAGCUAUGUGAUGGCGGUCUGUAAAUAAUCGAGUCUGGACCAGACAAUACGGUGAUUGAAAUCAUGAGUAUCGAUCCACGCAUUUGGGAUACGAUGACAUGCAUCAACCAAGUCAGCGAGCCUGACCACGCGAUCUCAGUACGUAAUGUAGAAGAAUAGCACGAUUUUCCCUUUCCCUAAUCGGUUGCUUAGAGAACUUACUAUGUCAGUCAUGUCUUUUAAGAAAACAUAGGAUUACAUAUUUUUUCUAGUUUAAACCUUAUUAAAGUAUUUUAAGAUUUCAGUAGAACAUAUACAGUAUCAUAUGCAGCCUUACAUUUUACGUUCACAUUUUAGGUAUGGUAUACAUUUGUAACUUAAUUUUGUUUUGCGGGUUUUCACAUUUACUACCUGAUUUUUCUGAUCGACUUCCUUCAGAAUUAUGUUUGAAUAAAUGUACGACGAGCAUCCUUU